AUGUACGCCAUCCAGCCCUGCUCAAAAGCGAGCUCACAAUCUGAAAAGAAUGACUCGACUCUACAAUACACACCAAAUAUCAUUCCAUGCCGGAUUCACCACGAUGGACCAAUUGAUUCGUUGGACCGGUAUUGGACAGUGAAAGACGAAAAAGAUAGUACACAAACGGCGCAUUUCCGCGGACGCAAACUUCGAGGUCGGCGCGUCGCCAUUCCUGAUGGCUACCAAGGUGUAGUCGCAACACCCACAGACCGCGUGUUACCUGCAGCUCAACGGGCAGACAGUGACGGCGCUGAGGAUGCGGAGGCUGAGCCCGAGGAACCAGUGAAGAUUAUGGAGACGCAAUCGACCUUUGAUGAGUUUGUAGUAUGGGGGCAUGAGGCUCUUCCUGCGGCAGAUGACACUUUUGUCAAGGGAGUGGAAGAGUGGCUGCAGUUUGCGGACGCGAUGCAUACAACCCCAUCAGCGACGAAUGGAAAGGAGGCUGCUGCUGCUUGA